AUUCUGAACUUAAAAGGGUCGCGAGAGCGGGACGAGCCAGACACGCGGAAGAAAAGUGCCGUGUAAUUUGUGUGUGCAUCCAUUCCGUUUCCUCGCAUUUCCUCGCGGCGCAAUGGCAGUUUGUCGGGCCGGUUUGGUGCUCGUGUGCGCGGUGCUGGCGGUGACUCGCGCCCGCAGGAGUUCACCGGAGCAGGAGGAUGUUCAGGAGAAAAUCAGCAGCGCCAGAUGCACGUCCAGGUGCCUCACUCUGCACAUGACUCAACUCACCGCCGCGUUCAGACACCUCCAGAGUGACCAGGUUCUGGUUUGGUGUGAAAACCACAGACGCUGCGCACAGUGCCUUCAGCCAUGUAAAGAUCUGUGGGAAACCAGGAAGGUGCUCUCUCCGAAGUCCUGUGAGAAGCAGACGGAGUGUGUGACGAGCAGGGAGUUUCUGACCUCUCUGAGGUCGUCCCGUCAGGGCGACUGCCCUCCGCCUCAGCGAGCCACCGGGUUCGCCGCAGCCUGCGUGGAGAGCUGCUCGUCAGACCAGCAUUGUCCCUCUCCCAGGAAAUGCUGCUCUAAUGGCUGUGGGCACACUUGCCAAGCCCCAGCCAAUCUAUAUAAAGGCGUUCCUCUGAAGCCUCGCAGAGAGAUGAGCUUCGUGGAGGACUCAGAGGGCCAUGUGAAGGUGGCGUGGGUGUCAAAGUUCAAUGUCAGCGUGGAGCCAAUCGUUUACAUGUUCCAGUCCCGCUGGAACAUCGGGAUUCAUCCCAGUGAAGACCACGCCUCUCCGUGGACCACUGUUGCCAUGACUCUUUCUGAAGACGUGGUUCUGUCAGACUUGAGACCUCAGCGCUGGUACCAGUUCAGAGUGGCAGCCAUAAACAGCCACGGCAGCAGAGGCUUCACCACACCCAGCAAACACUACAUCUCCAGUAAAGACCCCUCAACACCAGAACCUCCAAUAAAUGUUAGAGUGACCAACGAGACUCUAGACUGGACGGGUUCACAACCAGGGACCCAAUUCACAGAAAGGUCGAGGGGAAGUGGGGUCACGGUGGCGGUCUUAUUAAGCUGGGAGCCCCCCAGAGAAGGAGACCUGCCAGUCCACAACUACAGAGUCACCUGGAUGUCUCGAAAUUCACACACGGCACACAAGCACACGCUUCAUGCGCACACACAUACAGCGCACAGCAACAUGCACACACGUCCCACACACCCUCGUGCUCCAGAGCAGGCUAGAAGGGAGAGCAACAGCAGAGUGACUCAGGGGACGCAGUGUGAGCUGUGGCUGCAGGGUCUGCUGCCUGCUACUUCCUACUUCCUGUCUGUGCAGACGGUGGCCUACUGGGGUCAGAAGAGGCUGAAAAGUCCCAGAGCCCAAAUUGUCUUCACCACUAUAACUCAUACAGGUGAAGACUUCUCCAAUGAGCUUCCCUCUUCCUCGUCUUCAUCAUCACUUCCCUCCUCUCCUUCCCUCUCACCCUCCUCCCCUGCUUCCUCUGACCUCUCCCACUCCUCCUCUCCGCCUCACCCCGAAUCCCCACUUAACCCUGCCACCCCUGGCAACCUGCGCCUGGAGGUCGCCGCCCCUCAUUACCACGAUGACCAGCUGCAGGUCAAGGUGUUCUGGAAGUGGCCUAACCACGGCAGACAGAGACACCCUGGUCCAUACACUUUGCGGUGGCGCCCACAUACCUGCAGCACUAAUGUCACAGGCACAGAGAGAACAGCAACUGUGCAGGGCACCCAUCACACCAUCACAGGCCUGCUAUUUGCCUGUAAGUACCGGGUUGCCGUGGCAAUGAAGACUAACCCAGGGUCAGAGGCUGUUGCCUGGGUUACGACCCCGACUUGCUCCUCGAUCAGGGUCAGAGGAGGCAAAGCUUUGCCCUGCAACACCGAGGAGCGCCUCCUGUCUGGCAGGAAGGUGGUACUGCGCCCAGAACGACUGACCGCAGACUUUCAACAAGUCAACGGCAGCCUGCUUACAACACUUCGCUGGAGGAUGUCCCAGCAUGCCCUGGACCCAGGGGCUGUGGAGGGGUUCCAGUUCACCUGGACGCUGCAAUCUGGGGUUACCGUGGCAACAGAAGGGCUGGAAGAUACAGUUAUCUCCCAGACACAGACAAUUGCACCGUCCCAGCGGUCGGUGUCACUUCUUGGUCUUCAGGCUCACAGUGUUUACCAGCUGGAGCUCCAGGUGCUAACAGCAGGGGGCAGCAAAGGCGCCACGGUUUCCAAGACCAUACAUACUCCAGCUAUCAACGCCACACUUUGACCGGCCCAGACCCCACAGCUGUCACCGUCUGCUGCACCAUGGUCAUCUUUACCAACAUCCACUUCUCUACAGUCUUCCACAGUGCAACAUGGUUUCUUGGCAGUUCAAGUGCAGAAAACAUGACCAAAGCUGUAAAAUAAAGAUAGUUCCUCUGUGUACAGUAGAUUGCUGUCUCAUCUGAAUGGUAUUUCCUACUCUGACUGUGUUGCUUCUCUUUCACUUUAAUCACUUAUUCAAACAUCUGGAAGGUUGUAAGCUCGCUCUAAUGGAAAAAAAAUCAUUAAUCAUUCAUUCAUCUGUCAUCUGAUCCAAAGGUUGUGGCCUAAGUCAAUACUGUUUUGUAAAAGUUGUAAGAAAAAAUACAUGUACUUGUACAUGGUGCUGGUUAAAAAGGCACUACGUACUUAUAUUUAGUUUUGGCAGUGAAAUGCAUAUCCUUAAACCAUAUUUUUCCUAUUUUUUAUGCAGCAUUUUCCAAAUAAUUCCUCUUGGCAUUAGUGCCACAGUGCUGCAGCAUUUUAAGACAUGUAUGUGAAAAGUGAGAAUCCUUGCACGGUUUCAUCUUUACACGUUUGGUGUUUAGACGCGACUAAUGAGGUCAUUUCUAAUCACCUGACAUCACUAGAGCCAAAUGACACUUGUAAAGACACUUAUUAUAUAUUGUUUUUGAACAUGCAAGUAGGAAGUUCAUAUAGCACUGACCUUAUGUACAAAUAGAAAUGUAUAGCAACAGACUGGCUGUGUUUAUUUGAAUGCAUAAUCUGCUGCGUUAUCUUUGGGGUUUGAGUUGGUGUGCUGAAGCCUUGAAGUAAGCUCAAAUAUAUUUUAAUAUUUUGUUCAUGUGUUUUAAAAAAGCUAAUUUUUCAUUCAAAUCUGUCUGAAGUUACUUGUUUGAUAAGUACACUCAUUUCUCUAAACAAUGAUAUGUGACAUUUUUACACCGUUGAUAUACAUACACCUGUGGUAGAUUUCUUUGUUUUACAAAAAGUCACAUUGAAAAGAUUUGAAACUACUGGUGUCAAGAAUCCAGUAAUUAUUAUGUUAAUAUGCUCUCUAUGUAACUUUUUUUUUUUUUUUUUUUGCAUUUUACUGUUGAUAAU